CGCAGGCAGGAUCCCCUCUGUUGUCUCUUCCACAGGAUGGCGAAGAGACCCCCUGCCUUCCCCAGGCAGGCCUGGAUGGAAGACAGCUCUUCCCAGGAGAGCCGCUCUCCGAGUCUGCAGCUUCCGUCCCCCUACGAGGUGACCACGAUGCAGCCCCUGAAGUUCGAUGCCAGCUGGUUGCCAAUCUAUGAAGAGGAGCAGGAAGCUGUGGAUUCCAUCCUGGCCUUUGUCACCAGCCCCAGCCAGGAGGAGAGAGACAAGGUGACAUUUCUCCGGAGCAUCUCCAUGCUGUGCAGAAGCGCCGUGAAGCUCGGCCUGACCCAGGGCCUGGAUUUCUUCUCUGACAUGUACCAGCUGGCAGAGAACAUCAAGGCGCUGCUGGAAGAAGAGCCAAGGGACCGCCUGUGCACGGAGAUUCGGCACCUUUCCAUGCUGGCCCUCGAGAAAUUGAGCUUGGUGGACGCAGUGCUGGAGGGCAAAGCCAAAAGCCUCCUCCGCGCGUGUUUCUCCAGUGUCUUCUGGCUGCCUGCAGAGAAGGAAAUGCCAAAAGAGGACUUGGCCCUCUAUGUCAAGACCCUGAACUCCAUGGACAGCAUGCUGAGGACGAUGGUGCUCAGCUUUCCUGCCUCCAGAGUCAGCGAGGAGCUGCAGGGCAUCCUGGAGGUGCUGCUGGACUUCACCAGGUGUGAGAGAGAAGCUGUGAGGGAGAGGGCCAUGGUCAGAAUUGAUGUCCUGAUCCGUGCGCUGUUCGAGUAUUCCACUCUGCAGGUAAGGACCAGGCCCCCUCCAGCCAGGCCAUCCCCCAUCCCUGCCUCUCUCCAUGCCAGGGCUGCUGCCCACAUGGCUGCUCUGAGGGACAGGGAUGCAGGCUCUGCAAAGCCUGGACUCAGCAGGAAUGCAGCCCUGGGCGUGCUCUCGGGUGGGGGCUUUGGCACCAACUUCGUGCCCUCAGCCCUUCUGCUCGUGCCUCCCCCAUCCAGGCCCGUGCUGAUGACAGAGGAGGCAUUUCUGGACUUGGCUCUGCAGAGAUCCAACUGCCAGUGCUAG